AUGGAAUUUAAAAUUUCUUUCUAUUUCAAAACAAAACAAAAUUAAAUUACCAAUCUAAAGUUGUUUAAACAUAAAAAAAUAAAUAUUUACAUCGAUCAAUGCAUGCAUAACACAGUCACACGCAAUACAAACAAACAAACAGACAAACAAAUAACUAACCUAUUAAAAUAUUAACCAAAUUUAAUUAUUGUAAACAACUAAAUUAAUUAUCUUUAAAAAUUAACCACCAUAUAUAUAAAUAAUUUUAAAUAUUUUAAUAAAAAACUAACAAAUCAACUAAAAAAUAACAAACAAACAAACAAUAAUUAAUUGCUUAUAUUCAUUCCUUGGACUGAUCUUACCCUCAACAUGUUUUAUAUUUAUUAUUUACAAUUAAAACUAACUAACUCACUCACUAACUAACUUGUUUUUAAAGUAUAUCAAUAAACCUUCUAAAUUCAUUUAUUUUAAUAUCAAAUUAAGAUAUUUAUUCAUAAUCUCCUUUUAAAACUCUAAAGUAUAAAUUUUAUUAAUCUUUAAGAUUAAAUUACUCACACAAUAAUAUUUUGA